UGUAAGAAGCAUCGAGAAGCGUUAGCAUCUUUCACAUUUUUAGCAUUAAACCAAAAAAAAAACUAUAAGAAAGUAAUGUCCGAAACGGACUUGGAGCAGACGCGCUUUGAAGGGGAUCCAGAUCCGAACCAGGAUCAGCAUCAAUAUGAUGAACAGCCGUCCACCAGCAAUAAAUAUGAAUUGCAGCACAGAGCACGAUCUCCACACACGCCGGUUGAGGAUGUGGCGGAUGAAUUGAAUACCAGUGGUUCAACUGAAAACUCGGAUGGUUCUGGUACCACCACCACCGAUGCAGACCAGUCAAUGGAAGUAGAAAGCCAUGUGGAAGAGAGCAUAGAUGAGGCAGAUGAUGAUGAUGAUGGCGAUGGGGAUGACGAUGAUGAUGGCGAUGGUGAUGCAGAAGGUGAUGGCGAUGCAGAUGCAGACAUUGACGCUGAUCCAGGCGUUGAGGCUGAUCCUGACGUUGGGGCUGAUCCAGACGUUGAGGCUGAUCCAGACGUUGAGGUUGAUCCAGACGUUGACGCUGAGCCAAACGUUGAGGCUGAUCCAGACUUUGAGGCUGAUCCAGACGUUGAGGCUGAUCCAGACGUUGAGGCUGAUGCAAACGUUGAGGCUGAUUCCGAAGCAAAUGUUGAAGCCGAUAAUGAAGCUGAUGUAGAGCGUAAAGGCGAAGCAGGUGUGGAGGGUGAUGUCGAAGCAGAUGUAGAACCUGAAGGCGGAGUUUAUGUAGAACCUGAAGGGGAUGUAGUUGUAGAACCUGAUGGCGAGCCAGAGUUGGAGCCUUAUGGCGAACCAGAUGUAGAUGAUAAUGGCGAUGGAGAACCUCCAGCGAAACGAGAAAAGCGAGACGUAUGCAGUCCCAUCUCGGAUGAUGAAAGCAGCAACAGUGGCAGCACCUCAACUUCAUCUGGUUCGGAAGCGAGUUCUCAUUCCACUGAUAACGAGGAUGAUUGCACCGAAUAUCCUUCACCAGCAUCGCCUGUUACAGUUGUCUGUGUUGAGGAUAUGGGCCACUGUGAAGACAUAAGUAGUCCGUCACCAGUGGAAGCCACUAAUAUUCAGGAGCCGGCAGAGAAGCACGAUGAACUGCAGACGCCUAUGGAGAACAUAACAGAUCUAACGAAAAUAACAGAAGAAGUGCCAGAGACUCCAGCAUCUCCCACUGAUGAGGAACAGGCGGAGGUUGGCGUAAUAGAUCCAUCAUUUAUGCGAGCUCGCUAUGUUCAACCACCGAUGCAUCACCACAUGCAAGAUGAUAGUGGGCUGCAACUGCAACAUCAACAUCAUCAACAACAUCAACAUCAUCAACAACAUCAGCUUCAACAACAACAACAACAGCUGCAACUGCAGCAGCAGCAACAACAACAGCAAAUGCUUCAACCUCGACUCGCACCACGAGAUCCGCGACAAAGACACAUGCCACCGCCUCUACCUCAGACACAUUCCCAAAAUCUUUUAAAUGAAGACAUUGAAACUAUAUCGGAUGAUAGUAGCGAAGCCGCCGAUAGCGAUGAUGACGAGGAUGAGGAUGAUGACGAUGAUGAUGUCAUACUAAUUGAACAGGAGAAGCCUUUGAGAGCAUCACCACACUUUGGGAUGGGAGCUGGGCUACUCAAAACGAUUGAUAUCAACGAGAAUCCCGACAAGAUCUACUACAUACGACGGGACGAUGGCACCGUCCAUGCGGGCCAUGUCCUUCAGGCGCGCAGCACCGAGCAGUCAUCAACAGUCCCGAACGAGUAUUAUGUCCACUAUGUGGGUCUCAAUCGUCGCCUGGACGGCUGGGUGGGACGACAUCGGAUCUCAGAUAAUGCCGACGAUCUGGGUGGCAUUACAGUGAUAUCGCCUACCAGUGAUCAACCAAGCACCAGUCACCAUCUACAACAACAGCAAGCAGCUGCCGCAGCGGCCGCCGCCGCAUCCGGAGGAGGGCCAUCAUCCAAAGCUGAUCCAAUGGGCAGUAAUGCUGCUAUAGAUCGUCAUAAGCGUCGUGGCCAAAAGGAUUACUAUCUGUCAGCUUGUGAGAACAAUCGUUACGAUUACAGCGAUCGUAAGAUGACACGUUAUCAGAAGCGACGUUAUGAUGAGAUUAAUCAUGUCCAAAAGAGCCAUGCUGAGCUAACUGCCUCACAGGCGGCCCUGGAGAAGGAGCACGAGUCCAUAACUAUGAUUAAAUACAUUGACAAACUGCAAUUCGGUAAUUACGAGAUAGAUACCUGGUACUUCAGCCCAUUUCCCGGAGAGUACGGCAAGGCGAGGACUUUGUAUGUUUGCGAAUACUGUUUGAAGUAUAUGCGAUUACGGAAGAGCUACAGUUAUCAUCAGUAUGAGUGCAAGCGUCGUCAUCCACCUGGCAACGAGAUCUAUCGCAAGGGUAACAUCUCAAUCUUUGAGGUAAAUGGGAAAGAGGAGCCGCUCUACUGUCAGCUUUUGUGCCUGAUGGCAAAACUCUUUCUGGACCACAAGGUUCUGUACUUUGACAUGAAUCCCUUUCUGUUCUAUGUGCUCUGCGAAAUUGACAAAGAGGGUAGUCAUAUUGUCGGAUAUUUCUCCAAGGAAAAGAUGCAGGAGAAUAACAAUGUGGCCUGUAUUCUGGUGUUGCCACCUCAUCAGCGCAAGGGUUUUGGUAAACUACUCAUCGCAUUUAGCUAUGAGUUAUCCCGGAAGGAAGGCGUUAUCGGAAGCCCAGAGAAACCAUUGUCCGACUUGGGGCGACUUAGCUAUCGCAGCUAUUGGGCCUAUUCACUGCUGGAACUGAUGAAGGUUCGCUGCUCACCAGAACAGACGACUAUUAAAGAGCUCAGCGAGAUGAGCGGCAUAACCCAGGAUGAUAUCAUUUAUACACUGCAAUCCAUGAAAAUGAUUAAGUACUGGAAGGGUCAGAAUGUCAUCUGUGUCACAUCGAAGAUGAUAAACGAUCAUCUCCAACUGCCGCAAUUCAAACAGCCCAAAUUGACCAUUGAUCUGGAUUGUUUGGACUGGAAGCCACAGAAUGCUCCAUCGACAUCGUUUGCAGCUCAGGCCAGGCUACUCUAAGCAUUGGACAUACAUACAUAUGUGUUAUAUAUAAUUUUUUUUUUUUUAAUA